GUUACCUAUUUACUGUUGCCUUGGCAACUCGUGGAAAGCCGCUAACAUUUCCGUCUUUAUCUAUUUGCGAUGUGAGCAAUAUUUAUUUAUUUGCUGUUUACUUAUUUAUUUGGGCGUUAACAUUAGCUACUCCGCUUGGUUAGCGUGUUGAUGGAAAUCGCUUAACAUUUUACGUUUAUGCCAAAUAUUAUUUUAUGAAAUGCAAUAUAUGUUUAAUUCUUCAUUUUCAUUCUUUGUUAUUGUUAAUUUUUACAUUUUACCUGUUGCACUGGCAUAAAUAAUUUCAGUGGUCUUAAUUGCACAGUUGUAUUGGUACUUUUUUGGAGGCACAAAGAAGAGCUAAGUACUUAUUUCUAAUUUAACAUUGUAGCUAUAAUAUAAUAUAAUAUAAUAUAAUAUAAUAUAAUAUAAUAUAAUAUUUGAAUAAUUAUUUUAUUUUUUAUUUUAUUCGUAUAAAAUAUUCUCCGUACGGCCGCCAUCUUGGCUCUGGCUAGAUGGAAGCAGGGCCGGUGUACGUCACGGCGUGUACAUCGCGCCCCCUUCACGGCUCUUGCACAGGAAAAUCCCCGCCCUAUAUUCAAAAAUACACCGAACUCUAACCCUCACCUCGGACACAAACUCAGAGGUUAAAAGUGGCUCAGAUACAAAACCGAAGGGGGCAGAGGAGACAGCCCCGCUGGAGGGAUGGAGACGCGGACAACUAUCGACCCUCCUACAAUAAGAACCCGCAGUCCAUGAGUCCCGUCCUGCUGUCACGGAGGCAUUUUGACAAGGAUGCUCCUGUGGAUAAGUGUGUGUUGGCCUCAAUGCGGUGGGGUCUGGUACCCUCAUGGUUUAAGGAGAGUGACCCCAGCAAGAUGCAAUACAGUACCAGCAAUUGCCGCAGUGAGAAUAUAUUGCAGAAGAAGUCCUACAAGGACCCUAUGUUGAAAGGACAGCGCUGCGUCAUCCUAGCUGAUGGUUUCUAUGAGUGGCAAAAGGUUGAAAAAGGCAAGCAGCCUUUCUUCAUCUACUUCCCUCAGACUCAGCCAGGACCCAGCCAGGAGGAAAGAAAGAACUCAGACUCUGAGUCAGUGCGCCCUCCAGCCAAAGCCUCCUCUGGUUUGAUGAAGGGAGGAGAAGCUGCAGGUGAGUGGACAGGAUGGAGGUUGCUAACUAUGGCAGGAGUGUUUGACUGCUGGACACCACCAGGAGGUGGAGAACCCCUUUACUCAUAUAGUGUAAUAACUGUGAAUGCUUCCCCAAAUCUGCAAAGCAUCCAUGAUAGGAUGCCAGCGAUCCUUGAUGGGGAGGAAGAGGUUAGGCAAUGGCUGGAUUUUGGGGAGGUGAAGUCUCUAGAAGCUCUCAAACUGCUCCAGUCAAAAAAUAUUUUGACUUUUCACCCCGUCUCUUCGUUUGUCAACAACACGCGCAACAACUCUCCAGAAUGCCUCCAACCAGUGGAUCUCAACAGCAAAAAGGAGCCAAAGUCCACAGCAAGCAGUAAGAUGAUGGCAAGCUGGCUGUCGAGCAGUUCACCUUCAAAGAGGAAGGAGUUCCACACAAGUGAAAGUAAAGAAGAGCAAGAAAGCAAGCCACAGAAUCAGCGCAAGUCUGCAGGAGGACUUCAGCAGUGGCUUCAGGGAACCAACAAGAAACCAAGAACAAAGUAAAUACAUGAACUGAAAACUCGACAGUGUUUGAAAGACCAUUCAGGCCUUACUUAUUGUACUCUGCUGCUGUAUAAUUGUAUAAGAAAAAGUUUUAACUUUUAAGAAUUUUUUUUAACUUGUACUUAUGAAUACUUUAAAUGUAAUUCAUUGUUCUACAACAAUUUUAGAGUUCAUCAAUAAAUGUCAGACACAAUAAU